UGUCUGCGUAGUAACGGUAAAGUUGACUAACGGCGUGUGGGUCAACAAGCUAAAUAAACCACGCCGCACUUUCUUGGCUGCAACAAAUAAAUACCUGCUUCUGUGGCAUUUGACGACUAGCUACAUUAUAAUUGCAAAGCCAUACCUUAUGGCUGGAAGGUGUGUUCGAGUUGACCCUCCGCUUGUAGAAUUCAGGGAUGUAAAAGUUGGGGAAGUUUACAGGAAGACAAUUAAGGUCACAAAUAUUGGGAAUGUAUCGAAGAAAAUAUUUGUUCGGAAGCCCGAGUUGAAGUUCUUUAAGUUCAUCAAAUGGAGUCAAGCUGGGUUUGUGCCAUCAGGAUUUUCUGUCAAAGGCAUUCUGGAGUUCACUCCAGAAACUGAGGAGGAAGUCAGAGAUUCCAUUCAGAUACAGAUAGAUGAUCAGGAGAUCCUCCUGGUUCCAGUGGCAGGAUUUCCCAGUACUUGCUCUCUGGUUAUGGACUCAUUGCUAGACUUUGGAUGCAUUGUUGCUAGUAGCCAAGUGGUCAGCAAGCUUCAUCCGAUUACCAAUCAGGGAUCAGCACCUGGUGUAUUCCAGGUGGAGUACAGUGGUGGAAACUCCUCCCUCGGUUUCUUACCGUCAAACGGAGUUAUAGCAGCUGGCACCACCCAGUGGCUGAAAGUAGAACUGCGUACAGACAGACCUGGGCAGAUUGAUGACAAAGCUCUGGUGAAACUUCAGAAUUGCUCAACUGUAGUUCUCAGUAUCAGGGCUGAGGUUGUGGAGCAGCAUCUUGAGGUUUCUGACCUGCAGGGGUCUCCGCUGUCCUGUUUGUGGUUUGGACCUGUCUACUUUGGUGCUUCCUGUGUGCAGAAGGUGCUACUAAGAAACAAUGCACCCUUGGCUUGUGACUGGGUCUGCCUGCUGCAGGAUAACACUGCGGGAACUGAGGUGGGAACAGCCCUUCUGAAGAGCACAGACACCACCCUGCUGGAAGGAAUGAAGAACUGCAGCUCACCUCAUGCUUUGUCUCAGAUCUUUGAGUUUGUGCCUGCACAUGGUCGGCUGGGUCCAUAUGACAAAACCACCAUGGCAGUGCGAUUCAGUCCCAUCUGCAGGAGGAGGAGGUAUGGUAACCUAGCCAACCGACAGGACUACUGUCUGUUCCUUCUGUUUGACAUUGUGGGCUGCAAACAUGGCUUCACUCACCAUGAUGCUAACAGCAGUGUGGAGGUGGCAGUGGCCGGUUCCGGAGUCCCCGUGGCUCUGGUGCCCUCUCCCUCUCAUACAUUUAAUUUCCCCAGCUGUGCGACAGGCCAGCAUUCGGAUCUCCUGUGCGUGCUCCAGAACCUCUGCCCUCAACUUCCUGUCAGAUUCCGCUUUCGCAAGUUAGCACACUUCACUGCUGAUCCGACAGCGGGCACCAUUGCCCCUGGGCAGUGCCAGGAUGUAGUUUUGACUUUUAAUGCGCGACAGCAGGGCAGCUUCCAGGUCCAUCAGAAGGUAGAUGUCCUAGGUUGGGUUGUGUCUCAGAAAGAUAGCAGCUCCACUGAGGUUUGCUGCUUCCACACAAUCUCUCUGCACUUAUCUGCCACAUGCUACAUCGUGAGAACACACCCCCAACCAAAACUACAUCCUGCUCUAAGGAGUCUGACUGGGUUACGACCUCACGUUCAGUUGAGUGAGCUGGCCCAUUGCAGCAUGUUGGCCCGUGCUGCCACCACAAAGCUACACAAACAUCGCAGACCGAGGAGCGAGGGCACCGAGGCAGAGGAGUUCCUGCCUUUCCCUAAUGACCGGACCUUGAGCAUCAGACCAGCAUCACAACACAGACAAUAUAGGACCAUUUUUACCGAAGUACCACGGUAUCACUGUGUGGACACUAGCUAUGCUUUUACUGAGGAGGAGGAAGAGCAGAGACGGCGCCAUUGGCAAAUUUAUACAGACUUUAUCAAACAACUUAGACAAGAACGGCUUGACAAGAUCAGGGACAGGCAGCAACGAACAGUGAAGGACGAUGUCAACAUUGGAAUUGUUCCAUCUCAAGGACUUGUUCUCCCUGAGCUCCACAUCAAAGACGUGGAGAGCAAGCAGAACUCAGAAGUGACACCUAAACAUAGUCCGAAACCCAAAAGUGAGAUUACAAACGGCAGCUCCAGUCAGAUAUCAGAAGUAGUAAAAACCGUUCCAUCUACCAGCCAGCAGGUGGCAGACUGUAGCAGGAUUCUGACACCUUUGGAGCUCUACCAAGUUGUCAUAUGUCCCUUGUUGGUGGACUUUGGCACUGUGUAUCUGCAGUCAGUGUGUGUUCAGAAGCUGCAUCUCAUCAAUCGUUUGUCGGUGUAUGUCUGGAUUGAGCUGGAGGUGGACUGUCCUGAACUGCAGGGCUCCUCCCUGCUGUCCCAAGUCCUGCCUCCCUACUCACACAGCAGCUUGACCCUGACAUUUCAGACUAGUCAGUUUGGGCCCUUUUACAGGUCCUUGACCUACACUGUAAACCAGCAGCACCCUGGUCAACUUCUAGUCCAAGCCCAGGUUGGUCCCCUGGCUCUGGAGCUGUCCUCCAACCUGCAGGUGCUCCCCCCCACCCCGCUGAUGCUCGCAGGAUCAGAAUACAGGAACUCAGUGACCUUACGAAACCCGUGCAACUGUGUAGCAGAAUUCACCUGGCAGCCAGUAAUCCCACAGAGCGGCCUGUUGUUAUUCUCUGUUCAACCAGCUACAGGUACAGUGGAGCCACACAAGGAACUAGACUGCGAGGUGGUUUGGCAUCCCUCCUUUUCUUCCCCUUUAGAGGGAGACUUUGACCUUUGUGUCCAUGAGGGAGACACUCAGCGCCUGCACUGUGUAGCUAAGGUUGGAGCCACCGCUAUCCAGCUGGCAGAAAAGCGAAUCCUUUUCAAAUCCGUGCCUCUCAACACAACUUCCAUCAGAACCGCUGUGCUGCACAAUUCUGGACAGAACCAUGCCUAUUAUCAGGUUGUAGAAAUGUGUCCUCUGCCUGGCAUGGUGCUGAGUCCAUCUGAAGGUGUGGUGCCAAGCAGGGGUCAGGCCAUGCUUCAGAUUCAAUUCACACCAGAUUGUGUUUUUAAAUUUGACACCAAGGUUGAGAUAGCUCUGAGGAAUAUGAAGUCUGUGGAACUAAGAGUUGCAGGAUCAGUGGAGCCUCCAAAUGUAGACUUCAGUGUGUCUCAUUUCCAGUUCUGUGGAGUCUAUUGUGGUUCUCAACAAGUGCUACCAUUUUCCAUAACAAACCACUCCCCGGCUAUGUCCCGAGUCACUUUUGAUCUGUCAAAAUACCAAGACUUCUCAGUCCGAGUCUGUCGGCCCUUGGCAAAAACAGAGCUGGGAAUGACAGUGGUAGAGGUUGGUGAUGGUCAGACAGAGGAAUGCUUCCUUGUUUUUUCUCCUACCCAGGUGACCAGUUACAACUUCUCCCUCCCACUGAUGGUCAACGGAGUAAAAUGGCCUGCUUCUUUGUCCUCUUUUUUUACUUCAUCCUCCUCAUCCACCCCUCCAUUACUGACAGCUGAGAGGAGGAAGGAUAUCAGAACUCCUUCUUCCUCCAUCGCCACAGAAGAACUCCAGUCCAUGUGGAUACAAGCUACAGCCCUGUUUGCCCCAGUGGAAAUGUCCCCCACUAACCUACAGUAUGUUGUUGAGUCACAUUCUGACAUAUUCACUCAGACCGUUGAGCUGAAAGCCGAGGACGAACAGUGCGUCUGCUGGCAAGCUGUCGCAGGAGAAGGUUUGCAUUGGUGGUUUGACCUCAGUGCCGCAGAAGCAGGAACUAAAGAGCUGUGUGUGGUGGCUCCAAUAUCUGGCUUUCUCAGGCCUGGCCAGUCCGUAUACGUGGGAGUUACCAUCGACCCUGAGGCCAUCAGAAUUGGUUUUCUUCCUCCAGGAGAAAAAGUCAGCAAAGUGUCCGUUCCACUGUAUCUGGGGGAGAAAGAAAACAAAAGAAGACCAAUAAAUGAAGGACUCCAGUCUUAUAGAAAGCUGUCAGUCAUCGUUGCUCUCAAGCUUCCAAGUAUCACCUUUCACCCCCGUCAGAUCCUUCUCACCCCUGUACCCCUGAGAAGGAGGAUAGAAACCACACUCACCUUGCAGGCUGCUGGCUAUCCAUGUGGAACGACCUUAUCAGCCACAGUUGAUGAUGUGGAAAUGGAGGAUGGAACUAAGAUGCAGCCUAUUUCCGUCAUCUUUCCUGAUCAAAAUAAUACUCCUGCCCAGGACUACAACCAGCAGGAAACCGAUGUUAUCUCUCUACUGUGUGAAGUGUCAUUCUACUCUGCUGUCCCUUUGUCGCUGUGCACAGCCAUCACCUUCAGUGACCACAUGCACAACAGAUUCAAGAUUGGGCUGUGUGCAGUUGCCGAUAACUGUCUGUUAACAGUCUGGCCCUACAUGGCGCUACACUGCUCUGAUCAACAGAUAGUUCUGAAGACAGGGGCCACAGCUGUAGAGGUGAUUCUUCAAAGGUAUCACACGCCGAGUCCUGCAUCUGGCCCGAUAACGUCUUUAUCUUCCGUGUCAUCAUUUGACCAGAGCAGCUCAACAUACAACAACUCGGACUCCUUCUCAUAUAGUGACAGUGUGAGUGGAGAUACAUACGUCUCUCCUAAAAGAGACACCCCAACCGGUCUUUGCAUCCCACAAUUCCCUGCUGCGAACACAAAGGAAGAGCUGUAUUACCAGCAUGUAUUACUGGCUGUGAAGAGGUGGUUUAGUCUCUGUGGAUGGCCCAAUGGACCACACCCCAUCUCUAUACCACACACUCUGAGAAGAGUUGUGUCAGAAAUCCAGACAAACAACUCCAUUGGGCGAUCAUAUUGUGUGAGCCAAAAUAAAGACACAAGGUCUGUAGUGGACAUGCUUCAUCAUUUGACUGGCCGACAGAUACCUGGUAUCCGUCUGUGUCAAACAUUUUCAAAUGAUGUACACCAGCGCACUACUCAGCUGCAACAGCAGCAUGGAGCUAUGCUUGCCUUUCUCAGGGUGCAGGGAGCCUGUCUUAGUCACAUCAGACCGGAGUAUUUGCUGGAUGUCUUGGAAUUUAGGCACUGCUGCUCCUUGCAGGAAAAAGGUACAGAGAAUGGCCUGGACUGUAGCCCUUUGGAGUAUGAGUCUCUGAGCAAACGGUCAUGGACUGAUGUGCUUUUGCAGAUUUACAAGGUUCUGGUGUUAAGUCGUGUGCCAGAGAAAGGUCUCAAUACACCUUUGAACCCCAGAGACACAGACGAGAUUCUUCUUGAUGGCUCACAGCCUCUGGAUAGCAACAUCUAUUCACCACGGGAGCUUUACUUGCUGUCAUGGCUUAACAUUAACUAUCAGAAGAUGAGAAGGACAGUGUGGGACGCAGAUAGAGUCCCAUCAUCGCGCUGGAUAGUUAACUUUGAUUUGGACUUCACAGACGGACUGGUGCUUGCUGCUCUAGUGGCCGCUCACUGCCCUUAUCUGAUAAGAAGCCACUUCUGGAGGAUGUACACCACACCUAGCAGCCUGGAGCAGAUCCUUCACAACAAUAUUAUUGUGGCUCAAGCUUUAACCUUACUUGGUCUCAACAUAAACAUAAAGCCUACAGACCUCUCUGAUGCCAACCCAGUGCAGAUUUUAUUUCUGUGUGUUCACCUGUAUGAGGGUCUACCUCACUACCAGCCAUCACAGACCCUUACUCUGACAGGAGGUCUGCACAACACAUUCAGCGAGCAGGUGUGCCUGAAAAACCCCUCCUCCAGGCCGCUCAGAUACAAGGUCCUCCUUUUAGGAGAAGAUGCCCAUCUCUUCUCUCUUCCUGGUGGAUCUAUGGUCACCAUUCCCACAAAGUCAAGCACUAAACUGACCGUCCAGUUUAGCUGUGACUUCCUGCGCCCAGUGGAGGCAGUUCUUCUGCUUAUCUCCAGCUCUGGUUUUGGCAUUCGCUGUGCCACUCGCGCUUUCAGUCUUAAGACACGUAUCAGUCAAAUCACACCAACAAAUGCAGUCCAGUGGAUUUCCCCAUGUUACCAACUCAAAGUGAUAGAAUUGCCACUAACCAACAAAUUUAACAAAGAAGCUCAUUUCAGGGUGGUCCUAGUGCAAUCUACCUUCAACCCACUUGAGCCUGAAAAGAGAAACAACCUGCUUUCUCAACAAGAGUUCUUUAAUACCAAUAUGAAGAAUAUGACUUCAGAUGUGAUUGGUGGGGAGGGGUCAGAAGAUGGUGAAGCCAAUGAAUUCUUGAGUCCAGAGAGUAGUGUGUAUCUGCAACCAGGCCAGGUACACACUCUGAGCAUCCUCUACCUGCCCUUCUUUAUGGGAACCAAAUACUGCUCUGUGCUGCUGCUUUCCCCUCAGGUUGGAGAUAUGGUGUAUAUGGUGACGGCUACAUCAGAAUUUCCACUUCCUUCCCCUCUUCCUGCAAGGCCAAGUAGUAAAUUAAGUUUAAUUCCUGGGAAUUCUGACACAGGUGGGUGUGUCCUAAGCCUUCAGUGUAAGGUCGGAGAAGUGUGUGAGGAGGUGCUCCAGGUGCCCCUGGUUAACAUGCUUUUGGAGGAGGCUCUAGCUGUCUGGGCUCAGCACUUCAUGAGUGCAAGCGAGCGCAGGAGGCGGAUUCUGACGCGCUCUUUGCACAGCAGCACAGUGAGGGCCACCACAGCCAUGCAGAAGCUCCUUAAACAGCCGCUCAUGAGAGAUGUUUACCACAGUGAAAAGAUCGAAUACAAAGUGGAAGUUUCUUUGCCGCAGUACUUCAGUCUUCCCAGGACUGUUAGCAUACCUGUAAAAGAAGACACAAAUGUACCAUGGGAGACUUCAGCAGACUGUUGCUGUGUGGACAUCCCACUGCGCUUCCAGGCACUCUCAGUGGGGCGGUUUACCUGCGACGUGGUGCUAACAUCCAGUUUUGAUACCAGAGUGUACCAGCUUGAGGCGCUCGUCACUCAACAGGUAAAAGCCACUCACUUGGACUUCAGUUCACCAGCUCUCCAGUCAGUCACACAACACAUACCCUUGAUCAAUGAGACUCGUCAGGACUGGAAUGUGCAAGCUUUAGUGUGUGGGGAAGGAUUCUCUGGCCCAGAGGUUGUAAAUGUACCUGCAGGAACAAAAGAGUCCUACCCUCUCACUUUUCUUCCCUCCUCACAAUGCAUUGUCACGGGCAAGCUGUGCUUACACAAUGACUGUGAUGGCACAGAGCACGUGUUUACCCUUAGAGGAGUGGGAGAGCCCCCCCUGCCGGUGGAUCAUAUUGUAUUAUUCUGCCCAGUGGGGAAGACCACAUACGCUCAGCUGGAUGUCCCUAACUACAGCCAGACAAAACUCACUCUUAGGGCAGUGACAGAUCUGACGAUUCUCAGUUGCACCCCUUCCCUGGAGAUUAAUCCUGGACAAAACUCUCCAUACACUCUGGCUGUGUCUCCUUGGAAACGAGGAAAACACACGGGCUCAGUGUCAUUUAUAGAAAAGGGUGACAUGGACGAGAGAGAUAGCCACAAAGGAAAUGUAAUUGGAAACUAUAUGGUUAUUUUCUCAAUUGUGGUAAAUUGCGAGCCAGAAGCCCCAGUCAAGGUCAUUGAUGUACAGUGUGUUGCUAAGAGCUCAGUUGCCAUAGAGAUACCUGUCAGUAACCCAGGAGAAGAGCUGCUGACGCUGGAUGUGUGCCUGGAAGGAAGUGAUCUGACGGGGGCUGACCGGAUUUCACUUCCCCCACAGGGAAUGCUAAGCUACAAAGUUACCUACUCCCCUGUCAGAGUAGGGAAGGGCACCGGCAGUGUGGUGUUCCAGUCAAAGCCUGUGGGGGAGUUCUGGUAUCAACUGGAUCUCUAUUCUCUCCCUCCCUCAGUCAUCACGCUGCCACAGGCUCGCUGUCAUCUGGGCAAAUGGGUCAGAAUGAAUAUUCCUCUGGUUAACCCAACAGCUGAGACCCUGGAGCUGAUUGUAGCCAACACUAACCCCAGAAACUACUCACUGGAGAUGGAUUCAGCAGACACGCUCAUGUUGGCGCCGCGGUCGUUCACCAAUGUUGUUGUUCGCUUCAGUCCUUCUUCCAUUGGAGAGGAGAAACACCAUGGCAAGAUCUUAUUUGCAUGUUCUAAGUUGCAGGACUGCUGUGUUUUGUUGAGUGGAUGUGGCCUCAGGCCUGAGAUUGAGGAGCCUUUGUGCCUGUCCUGCCUGAUUGGCUCCAGUACCUCCAUUGUUGUUCCAUACAUAAACCCUACUGAUUGUCAAGCCGUGCUCAGCAUCACUAUUACAGUGGAAGACCCGAGUGAUGCCUCUAACUGGAAACCAGUCAGUGAUGAGAAGACCUUCUCUUGCCCUUUAAGCCAUGCUGAAGCUUUGCAGAUCAGUGAAAAGGCAAAAGUUGAUGUGCCGGUGGUGUUUACGCCUAAAUCCGUGGGGUUGCAAAAGGCCUGGCUUUGCAUCACCAUGAAGCCCAUCAGCAAUCAGGACUACAGUAUUGCAUUAAACACAGACUCCACAAGGUCGAGAGAAGAGCUCUUACCCAUGUCUUGGAUUUACCCCCUCUGUGGCGUUCCAGUGGAGGCUCCUUUUGAGAACUCUCCACUUGCCGUUCUCCAGUGUGAAGUGGGGUGCCAGCUUGAAAGGACAGUGGAUGUAAAACUCACUGGAUAUGUGCCAGGGAACGAAGAGCUCAAAGUGCAGGAGGUUCUGAUGGAAGACUUUCUAUGCAAGAUCUGUUCAGACUCUGAAGCUGACACCUCAGGGCUGGGCGAGUGUCUUUCCACUUCUAUCCAGGCAGCAAGGAGAGAUCCUGAGAGUGGCAUCAUCAUGCUCACCCUCCAUCUGACCUACUCUCCGACCCGGAUAUGCAGGUCCUCAGGCAUCCUAGUAGUUCAGUCUUUGUCUGGCAAGAUCUGGGAGUUUCCCUUCAUUCUUAUUUCUACGAGGCCUCAGGUUGAUGAUGUUAUUUGGAUUGAAACGACAGAGUUAGGGAGGACCUCAGCUGUGGGCUUCCGUCUCACCAGCACCACCAGGAGGUCGAAGUCAUUCAAAGCCACAUUCCUGCCAGGCAGCAGCACUGAGUUUACUGUGACUCCAACCUCGGGGAUGUUACCUCCUGCUGGCACAGCUGGAGCUCUCAUCUCUGUGUCCUUCACCCCCACUGCAAGCUGCAAGAGACACAGAGCAAGACUGGCUGUCCAGGCAGCAGACUUGCAGUGGAUUUAUGAUGUGAGAGGGAAAACCCCUCAGGACUCCUUGCUCCUCCAUAAAUCAUCCACCAAGGACAGCUUUUUGGCUUCCCUCCAGAGAACGUCAACGUAACUUUGUGGUCCAGAACCUUCAUCUUCCUUCUCUGCCUGAUUCGUCCCCUGUCAAAGUCAAAAAAAUAAAACCUCUUCUUUAUUUCAAAAA